UUUCUAAAUUAUAUGUGUAGUUUAAAAAAAUUACAAAAGUGAAAUUACCGUCGCUCGUGCGGCUGCAUAGUAAAAGAAAAAAAGUGCAUGCAUUGUCCGCUCAAAAGGAAUUUGGGAGUUGCAUGUCUCUAGGUCCGUCCAAAAAUAGUAUCAUACAGGAUUGAAUACUUUUCUAAAAAAGAAUAGUUUGAUUGGUCGGAGAUCGUUCGCCAUUUCAAAUGAACGUUCAUGAAUUAGUGCGGUCGGCAUUCAUUGCAGGGAUGCGAUUAUGCGACUAUGCGAGCGCCAUUCGUGCUAGAAGCAUUGCGUAACGCACUUCCCACCCGCGACAAGAAUACGAAGAACUGAAACCGAAACCGCGAGAAACAAACGGAGACGAGAAGCUGAACCUGAACCGCUCCCAUCAGUGCGCGAGGACAAUGCGCAACCUGACGAUCCCUCGCAUCUCCACCCCCUCCAUCGAAAUCUUACUCUUUUCUCUCUCUCUCUCCUCCCGCACAAAUCUGCUCGCUGCCACCGGCAACGUUUUCCUGCCGUCCACGAAGAAACCGACGAGGAUCGGAGGAGGUACCAAUACCGCGGGAACAUAACGACGGCCGAAAACGGCGCGGGCAAUGAAGGCAGCCGCCGGAGGAGGCGGCAAGGAGAGCCCAGCGGCCUCCCUCCUCCGCUUCGUCCUCCUGCUCCUUCUCCCUCUCACCGUGCUCUACAUCUUCUACACCCUCCACGUCAUUCUCUCCUCAACCCCGUCUUGCCCGCCGGCAGACCCCGUCAGAGCCAAGGGCACGUCAAACGCCUUGGCCGUCUCUCAUCUUCUCAACAAUUUUGACGAAACUCAUCUUACCAACAAUUAUAACCUUACAUCGUCAAUGCCACCGCCACCGCCUCCGCCUCCGCCUCCUCCUCCUCCGGCCGUGCUAACGGCGACGACGCUGCAGCACGUAGUGUUCGGCAUUGCGGCGUCGGCGCGCCUGUGGGAUAAGCGGAAGGAGUACAUCAAGAUCUGGUGGCGUCCAGGCGGGGGCAUGCGGGGCUUCGUGUGGAUGGACCGCCCCGUGCGGGCUUCCAGCGUGCCGGAGGGGCUGCCACCCAUCAAGGUCUCGGCGGACACCUCCCGCUUCCCCUACACGCAUCGGCGCGGCCACCGGUCCGCCAUCCGCAUCUCUCGCAUCAUCUCUGAGACCUACCGCCUCGGCCUUCCCGAUGUGCGGUGGUUCGUCAUGGGCGACGACGACACCGUCUUCCUCCCGGACAACCUGCUCGCGGUGCUCAGCAGGCUCGACCACCGGCAGCCCUACUACAUUGGCUCCUCCUCGGAGAGCCACCUGCAGAACAUCUACUUCUCGUAUGGGAUGGCGUUCGGCGGCGGCGGUUUCGCCAUCAGCCAGCCGCUGGCGGCACGGCUGGAGCGGAUGCAGGACGCGUGCAUCCGGCGGUACCCGUCGCUGUACGGCAGCGACGACCGCAUCCAGGCGUGCAUGGCGGAGCUGGGCGUGCCGCUAACAAGGCACCCGGGGUUCCACCAGUACGACGUGUACGGGGACCUCCUGGGCCUCCUGGCCGCGCACCCCGUCGCGCCGCUCGUGUCGCUGCAUCACCUCGACGUGGUGCGCCCGCUGUUCCCGAACGCGCGGUCCCGCCCGGCCGCGGUGCGGAGGCUGUUCGAGGGCCCCGUCAUGCUGGACUCGGUCGGGGUGAUGCAGCAGUCCAUAUGCUACGACGAGGCGAAGCGGUGGACGGUGUCGGUGGCGUGGGGGUUCGUGGUGAUGGUGGCGAGGGGCGUGAUCUCGCCGCGGGAGAUGGAGACCCCCGCGCGGACGUUCCUCAACUGGUACCGACGCGCCGACUACAAGUCGCACGCUUUCAACACGCGGCCGCUGGCGCGCAAACCGUGCGAGCGCCCCGCGCUGUAUUACCUGGCCGCUGCGCGCCGUGCGGUGGCGCGCGACGGCGAGACCACUGUGACGAGGUACCAGCGGUGGCGGCGGCGUGACGAGGUUCGCCCGGUGUGCCGGUGGAAGAUCCCAGACCCCGACACGCUGCUCGACAGCGUGCUCGUGGUUAAGAAGCCCGAUCCCGCACUGUGGGAUAAGUCUCCGAGACGGAAUUGCUGCAGAGUGCUGUCGUCUCCCGGGGCAGGGGAGGACGGCAACAAGACGAUGACCAUAGACGUUAGUGUAUGUGAGGACUGGGGGAUCAAGCAACGGUAAAAUGUAAUUAUCACACAGACAAGUUGUAUAGGUAAUUCAUCACUUUCACUUUGUCCUUUAUUCCUGUAACAGUAAAUAUAGAAGAGAAAAAAGAAUGAACAUCUACACAUCCCUGCCCAUAUGAGCAUUGAUCAUGCCA